AUGGACGAAGAGCGGAAUGAAGAUGCGCUCGGGUUAUUUAUGGCUUUUGGACAAAUUCAAGAACAACUACAGGGAUUGAAUUCAGCUCAAGGACCGGAAAUUGAGGCGAGAAUUCGAGAAUUCCGGAGGCUAAUCGUCACCUAUUCACAUCAAAUUAAACAAAUGACCGAUACACUUGCGAUUCCGCCAUGUCCCUGUGAUGAUUGUGAUGAUACACGCCAUUCUGAUUUAAAUCGUUAUAUAGAGUCGACCUAUCCCUCCAGCUCAAAUUCUUCGCGGCAAAAUACAUAUGCUGGCCCGAAACCGAAUGGUAUCUGCCGAAAACAAGUCCGUGAAUAUGCAAAAGUACACGGAGGGGUAGCUGCUGCCAAGAAAUUUGGUGUCCCGCCUCCAAUAUCGACUUAUUAUACCAAUAAGGAUGCUCAAGGGAAUGUGAAGCCAGUUGCAAAACCGCAAAUGCCAGACAAUCCGGCUCACACGAGCGGAUCUCCCGGAUUUUUACGAGGCCGCGGUCGAGGUCGUCCGAAGCUUGUUGGUGAUCAGCUCGACAAUGAUCUUCUUGAUUUUAUGGUCAAGGUGAAACAACGAAACCCUCAUUCUUACAACUCUGCCGCUCAAGCUCUGCCGAUUGCAAGGAGGUUUAUUCUCGAAAAAGCUCCCGGUCUUCUCGUGGAGCAAGGAGGGCCAGUCGAGCUGAAAAUGACGUGGGCUACGAAAUUGAUGAAUCGGGUUCAAGAGGCGUUGCGAAUCGGGCGAUCGCAGCAUAAUCAGGGGCCAUCAACGGGCAUUCCAAUUCGACCACGACCUUCUUUCGAUGGAGAAGACAUGGCUAAAGACAUGUUGGCCCAGAUAAUCAUGGAUAAUAGUGGAAAGGAGACAUCUGGUCAGGCUGGAUUGAUUGUAUCUGCAACACCUAGUAAACUACGCGAAAUUCAAUUCGGAGAAAAUGGGGAGUUGAUUUUGGGAAAGCCGAUUGAUGAUGAUGAAACCGGCUCAAUCGAUGAUGGAGAAAUCGAAGUCGAACCUAGCGACCAAAAACCAAACUUU